AUGUCUGCUAGCCAGAAACUCCAAUCUUUCGACCCUUUUGCUGAUGCAAGUAAGGGUGACCAUCUGCUUCCUACUGGCACUGAGGAUUACACCCAUAUAACAAUUCAACAGAGAAACAGCAGGAAGACCCUUACCACUGUCCAAGGGAUCACCGAUGAUUACGAUAAAAAGAAACUAGUGAAGGUGUUUAAGAAGAAAUUUGCCUGCCAUGGUGCUCUAACUGAGCAUCUAGAAUAUGGAGAAGUAAUUCAGCUACAGGGUGACCAGCACAAGAACACAUGCCAGUUCGUGGUAGAGACUGGACUGGCUAAAGACGACCAGCUGAAUGGAGUUUCAUGGGCUUUAAGUGCUUUCGGCUUCACUGAAGCUUAAGUGAGGAUUUCCUUGCGAUGAAUACAAUUUCCCUUCUGUCCCUUGUCACGAGUUUAAAAAUCUCACAGCUUGUAUAAUGUAACCAUUUGGGGUCCGCUUUUAACUUGGACUAGUGUAAUUCCUUCAUGCAAUAAAUGGAAAAGAGCCAUGCUGUCUAGUCUUGAAGUCCCUCAUUUAAACAGAGGUCAAGCAGCAGGCGCCCGGCAGUGUCUGGCCUGAAACCAAGCAGGAACAUGAGGUUUCGGUCCAGCCCAGGGGCCCCAAGAUCACAGAAGGCUAUGUCUGGC